UUGAAAGUCAUCUGAGGAUUUCCAGCUGCAAUGGGUGAACGUGUACUGACUCGUGUUCACAGCCUUCGUGAACGUCUUGAUGCUACUUUGGCUGCUCAUCGCAAUGAGAUUUUGCUGUUUCUUUCAAGGAUCGAAAGCCAUGGAAAAGGGAUCUUGAAACCUCACCAGCUGCUGGCUGAGUUUGAAUCGAUUCACAAAGACGACAAAGACAAACUGAAUGAUCAUGCCUUUGAAGAAGUCCUGAAAUCCACUCAGGAAGCAAUUGUUUUAUCCCCUUGGGUUGCACUUGCCAUUCGUCUGAGGCCUGGUGUGUGGGAAUAUGUCCGUGUGAAUGUCAAUGCUCUCAUUGUUGAGGAGCUGACUGUGCCUGAGUAUUUGCAAUUCAAGGAAGAACUUGUUAACGGAACCACCAAUGAUAACUUUGUUCUUGAGUUGGAUUUUGAGCCGUUCACUUCAUCAUUUCCCAAACCAACCCUCACCAAAUCAAUUGGAAAUGGAGUUGAAUUCCUUAACAGGCACCUCUCUGCCAAAAUGUUCCAUGACAAGGAAAGCAUGACCCCUCUUCUCGAGUUUCUUCGAGUUCACCACUACAAGGGAAAGACAAUGAUGCUGAAUGACAGAAUUCAGAAUUUAAAUACUCUCCAAAGUGUCCUAAGGAAGGCUGAGGAAUACCUCACCACCCUUUCCCCAGAAACUCCAUACUCGGCAUUCGAGCACAAGUUCCAAGGAAUUGGCUUGGAGAGGGGUUGGGGUGACACUGCAGAGCGUGUUCUAGAGAUGAUCUGCAUGCUCCUGGAUCUCCUUGAGGCUCCUGACUCAUGCACUCUUGAGAAAUUCCUUGGUAGAAUUCCUAUGGUUUUCAAUGUGGUUAUACUUUCGCCCCACGGAUAUUUCGCCCAAGAAAAUGUCUUGGGUUACCCCGACACUGGUGGCCAGGUUGUCUAUAUUCUGGAUCAAGUUCCCGCCUUGGAGCGUGAGAUGCUCAAGCGCAUAAAGGAGCAAGGACUUGAUAUCAAACCGCAAAUUCUUAUUGUUACUCGGCUGUUGCCUGACGCAGUUGGUACCACUUGUGGUCAGCGACUUGAGAAAGUAUUUGGAACUGAACACUCGCAUAUUCUUAGGGUCCCCUUUAGGACUGAGAAGGGCAUUGUUCGUAAAUGGAUCUCUCGUUUUGAAGUCUGGCCAUAUAUGGAGACUUUCAUUGAGGAUGUGGGGAAAGAAAUUACUGCAGAACUACAGGCUAAGCCCGAUCUUAUUAUUGGCAACUAUAGCGAGGGAAACCUUGCUGCCUCCUUGUUGGCUCACAAGUUAGGUGUCACACAGUGCACCAUUGCUCAUGCAUUGGAGAAAACAAAAUAUCCUGAUUCUGACAUUUACUUGAAGAAAUUUGAUGAGAAGUACCAUUUCUCAGCCCAGUUCACGGCUGAUCUUAUUGCAAUGAAUCACACUGAUUUCAUCAUCACCAGCACUUUCCAGGAGAUAGCAGGAAGCAAGGACACCGUUGGACAGUACGAGAGCCACAUGGCGUUCACAAUGCCUGGAUUGUAUAGAGUUGUUCAUGGCAUUGAUGUGUUUGACCCCAAAUUCAACAUUGUGUCACCAGGAGCUGAUAUGAAUCUCUACUUCCCAUACUCCGAGAAGGAAAAGAGAUUGACAGCAUUUCACCCUGAAAUUGAGGAGCUGCUGUUUAGUGAUGUUGAGAAUGACGAACACUUGUGUGUGCUAAAGGACAGGAAUAAGCCCAUCAUAUUCACAAUGGCAAGACUGGAUCGAGUGAAGAACUUAACUGGACUUGUCGAGUGGUAUGCCAAGAACCCACGGCUAAGGGAGUUGGUUAACCUUGUUGUGGUUGGUGGAGACCGAAGUAAGGAAUCCAAAGACUUGGAAGAGCAGGCUGAGAUGAAGAAGAUGUAUGAACUUAUAAAGACUCACAAUUUGAACGGACAGUUCCGAUGGAUUUCUUCCCAGAUGAACCGUGUGAGGAAUGGGGAACUCUACAGGUACAUUGCCGACACAAAGGGAGCUUUCGUGCAGCCUGCAUUUUACGAGGCUUUCGGUCUGACUGUUGUUGAGGCCAUGACUUGUGGUUUGCCUACAUUUGCAACUAAUCAAGGUGGUCCAGCUGAGAUCAUUGUUCACGGGAAGUCUGGUUUCCACAUUGAUCCAUACCAGGGCGAGCAGGCUGCUGAUCGUCUCGCUGAUUUCUUCGAGAAAUGUGAGAAAGACCCUUCACAUUGGGAAGCCAUUUCCGAUGGUGGCCUUAAGCGUAUACAGGAGAAGUAUACAUGGCAAAUCUACUCGGAUCGGCUAUUGACAUUGGCUGGUGUUUAUGGGUUCUGGAAGCACGUUUCCAAGCUCGAUCGUCUUGAAAUUCGUCGCUAUCUUGAAAUGUUUUAUGCUCUCAAAUUCCGCAAGCUGGCUGAAGUUGUCCCAUUGGCUGUUGAGUAAAUUGACAAAGAACAGGCUUCUCUGUGGUUGUUAUCCCCAUUGUCUUUAGAAAUUGUUGUCUAGUUUAUCUCCUUCCCUCCCUCCCAAUCUUUUGCAAUUUUUUUUUGCAUUUUAUCCCUGUCUGUGGUCAUCAAGAGGAUUGCAAAUUUGACAUUAUGUAGCGUUAGUGUGAAUAAAAAUAUCAAAUUUCAAUCUGUUCCAUCCAGCUUUCUUAUGACGAUGCAUUCUGUCAUUGGAAUUGACUCAAAAGGCAAGCAGUAUUUCCUAGUUAUUC